AUGACCGGUGCACGUCCCGAAGUAAGAGGAUAUUGUCAUCGCCCGCAUGAGGAAGUCAUCAUCGUACUCCAUCGAAGCAUUGCCAUUUCGAGUGUCCCGUACCAAUUGGUUGAUACCUACACGUUAUUAGCAGGGUCCCCCUCAACGGCCGCAGCAGAAUAUUCAUUCGCUGCCAGUUUAUGCGGCUUGAUUGGAUCCCUCUUGCCACUUACUCGCUUGUUGGGAGUAAGUCACGGUUCGACCUUCGAUGGAUUCGUUAAUUGCAUUUUCAAGAUCAAAUACACUGGAUUAUUCACUGCGUGGCGUUACAAAGCGCUGUCAGAUCGUGCCCGCACCACCUGGCGGCUCGAACCAUCAGCGUCCAUUACAAGCGAACGAUCAGUCCCAAUCCAUCUCGCAGUCGUUGUAUGGUCCACUCAGCUACUAGUAGUAGAAGCUGAGGUUAGAGAGAUCACCAUUUCGGCAAAAUUUGACAGCUCUUCACUCGGGUGUGCGAGGUUUGAGUACAGAGUCACGGUGCUCGUAGCCCAGAGACAGCGCGGCGCCGAGCAAGGCCUGAGGCCUGAGCAGCAGGUCCAGCAAGACCACCACCGCAUAGUAUCUCCUAAGUCAGCUGCUGAUCUCCCAACAUCCGGUUUCGCGUUCCCCAAUGAUGAGACUCUGAAUUUCUCUCAGUAUCCAUGGAUCGCCGUGUCACUUAUUGUAGGCGGCCGGCCGUAUGCAACAGCGGGUUGGAAUUACAUAUUUCCAAGUGUUCUUCUGCCAGGAGAAUUUCGGGCAAAGAGCAAGUUCAACAACCUGAAGUCUGCUGGCAAUGUGUUGGCAAUGCAAAUGACAUUUGUCUGAAGGAGUAUUUCAGGUGG